AUGACCCCUGAACAAAGAGAUUCUGAAAAUGCAAGAAGGCGAGCUAGACGAGAAGAUGAUAGGAUAACACCUUUGCACAUUCAAUUUGACUCACCCACCACUGAAAGACAAUGUCAGACUGUGAAUCAACGUGAUGUACCUACCUCUUCAAAUAUAAGGAUGCCUAUGGUAGACAUCACUAAUCACCAAAGUCAUGUCACUCAUGAUCAUGGAAGACACAAUCUGCAACUAUUGUUUGACAUUAAUGCCAACAAUAAUUCCGGGAUUGCAACUGAAAGUAACAUGCCGACUCGACACUUCUGUGUUGGUGAAAGUAGCACUUCCAAUGUCAAUAACACGCCAGGAGCGGCAACUUCUGGAAUAAGGAUUUGGAAGGUCGGGCGACGUGGAUAUCACAAUUGUGCAAGGGAUUACCAAGAGAGCCUCUAUUCUGAUCAAGGAGAGGAUGGGGAACAUUUCAGACUGAACAUUCGAAAAUAUAAUCAUGUUUUCGCAUUUACUUCAAUGGGAGUAGUUAUAGAUGAUGAAUUAGCCGACGCACGUCAAGGUGUGUACACAUAUCGUGCUCACGGUUCAAUUUAUCAUCGUAUUGGUGGAUUAUUACCUUUGAACUCAAAUGAUCGUCCUCGAUUCCUUCAAAUGUACAUAUAUGAUACCGAGCAUGAAAAUGAGCAUCGAAUGGCAGAAAAUGCAACGUUAAGAGUGGAUAUCAUUGAUAGGAUUAAAAAUAUUUUGAACGAGCAUAAUCCUUUUGUCCAUACUCUCCGACAUCUUGCUCAACGAGAUGACAUACAACAAUGCAAGUUUGUCAUAAAAGAGCAAGCUCCUAACCAACAUAAUUAUUCAAUGCCUUCAGCCUCUCAAGUUGCAGCAGUUGUUGUCGGAGGUGAUGAUAUUGCCAACCUGAAAGAAAGGGAUGUCAUGGUAGAGUCCGUCGCUGGACGACUCAUGUCUAUCAAAGAGACUGCAGGCUAUUACGAUCCACUACAAUAUCCUCUAUUAUUUCCUUACGGCUCUUACGGUUGGGAUUUAAACACCAGAUCUUUAACUGGCAAGAAGAUAACAUGCCGAGAAUUUUAUUCGUAUAUGUUUCAGAUGAGAGAAUGUUAUGAUUCUAUAGUCUUAAGAGCUGGCCGGUUAACUCAACAAUUUGCUGUGGACAACUGUGUAAAGAUGCAAGCAUCCAAUUUGAGAUGGGUUGCACUCAACCAAGACACAAUUCGUGCAGAUUUGUACAAGGGACUAGAGGAUUCAUACAAUGCCGGAGAGCACAAUACAGGUAUGAUUUCACAUAAUAUCGGUAAUUAUCUACUUUAA